UUCACACUUACAGCUGCAAACUUUACUUUAAUCAAUUUAAUUUCUAUCCCUCAGUCCCUGAGGGCAACAAAAUGAUUAUACAACUAGCUGUUCUUGGUUUAACUUUUAUAAGUAUGGUUGAGGGGAAGCGAGAUCCUAAGUUCUUCGGAUUGUUUAAUAUCGUCAAGUUCCCGAACUCUGCCUGUAAUGCCUCGGAAGACAAGACUGGUAUCUGCUAUACCGAAGGAGAAUGUACAGCCAAAGGUGGGGAGGCGACCUUGUCUUGUGCUCAAGGGUUUGGUAAAUGUUGCAUAUUCUCCAGCUCCUGUGGAAUGGGAUCAGGUGUGAUUACGAUGAGGAAUAAGGUAGAAUAUCUUGAAAAUGCCAACUAUCCCCGGAAGGAUGUGGAUCCGUCCCUCUGCAUGGCUCAAAUUGAGCCAAUAAAUCAGAAUAUUUGUCAGAUUAGAAUAGAUUUUGAGGAUUUUGAAAUUGAUGGUGGCUCUGAAGCCAAGCGUCCCUGCAAUCGAGACUCUGUAAAGAUUACCAGUGGUACCGGAGAGAACAAUGGAAUUGGAGAUCUAUGCGGCAGUAACACUGGUCAACAUGUUUACCUGCCUGUACAGGAUGGUAUGGGUGGGGCAAACAUUAGAAUUACAACCUCUAGCAGAGGAGCUGAAGGUAACCUGACUGAAGGGUAUAAGUGGAAAAUUAAAGUUACCCAAAUUGACUGUCUUGAACCAGAAGAUCAAGAACUUAUGGCUCCUGAAGGUUGUGCUCAAUACCAUACAGAAACCACAGGAGUAAUCCGAAGCUAUAAUUGGUCUCCAGUUCAGCGUAUUCAAUAUCCUCUAAACCUGGAUUAUGCUAUCUGCUUCAAGAAACCAACCACUGCUUGUGAAAUCAACCUAGCUCAGGAACAGAAUAUUGCAGCUUUUUCUACAGCUGUUGGUAAGAUGAAGAGUGAUCAGUAUAAAGAUGAAAACUGUGGAAAAGAUUCAGGAUGUGGUAUUGCACCUUGUAUUGUUAAAUCCAACGAUGAGAAGAAAACAGCUGAUUAUCUAAUCAUCCCAGGGGCGGUGAGGACCGGAAAGCCAGAUCCAUCGAAGCCGACCGAGUACACAAACGAAGACUACUACUGCGGUGUUGGUGUUGGAUAUGACACAAGUUCUGACAAGGAGGAUGGACUGGGUAGUGGACCUGGUGUGUUUAGUAAACUAGUUGGUCCUGUAAUCAUUAGGUUCCAUUCUGAUGAUACACCAGGUGUUCUUGUUGGGGAUGGUACUAAGGAAGAUGAAAAGAACUUGAGGGAUGAGAUUGGAUUCUCCUUAAAGUACAUGUUCAGGAGUAGUUGUACAGUUACCAAUUAGUACAUAUAUGUACAGUAUAUUUGUCCUGUAUUUUAUACUAGAAUUCAGCAUGUUGUAUAACUUCAAUAAUUUUAUAUAAUUAAUUUAUUAUUUUUAUUUCUCAAUAAAUGUAGCAUAAUUCA